AUGGCAAAGGAAAAGAAGGCGGGCGUGCCUCACCUAUCGGGCACGCGCUCGGAGCGGCCGGACGAUCUUUGGCACAUCGAUCUGUGUGGGCCGAUGAAGGCCUCGCUGGGGGGAUCGUUUUUCAUCAUCAUAAUCGUGGACAGCUCCUCGCGGUGGAUGAAGCUGUACGGGAUGAGGCGCAAGUCGGACACCCUCGCCUCCGUCAACAAGUUCCUCGCCGACGUGAGUGGCACCGGUGUCCCUCGCUCUUUCCGCAUGAACAACGGGGGGGAGUUCAUCAGCCGCGACUUCAUUGCCUUCUGCGACAACGCCGGCAUCGGCCGUACGUACACGGUGCUGGGCACCCCGCAGCAGAAUGGUCCGGCGGAGAGUGCGAUCUGGCGCGUGAACAAGGCCGGCCACGCCACUCGUCUCAAGGCACGCCGCCUGUUCCCCAAGAUCAACUUCACCCGCGUCCCCGGCUUCGGACGCGAUGGCGAGCGACUUUGGCUAGAGUCGUGUCACUGGGCUGCCGGCGGCUUCAACCGUUCUCCGACCAAGGCAAACGUCGGGAACAAGUCGCCGCACGAGCUCUUCACCGGUCGCCCGCCCCCGCUACAGAUCGUCCCGUUCUUGCAGCCGGGGUACAUGCGUGUGACGCGCGUGCGGAAGAUAGACCCCCAGGCAGCGCUAUGCUGCUACCUCAACAACGGCGACAACCAUCACGAGUCGGCGGUCAAGGCGCUGCCGGCAACUUCCACACCACCAUCGCCGGCGGCGCCGUCUAUCGCAGCCACACCACCGCCACUGGUCGCUGCGCCGCCUGCAACGCCGCACGCCGCAUCGCCACCGGUCACCGCGCCGCCUGCAACGCCGCUCGCCGCCGCGCCACCGUUCACCACCACCGCGCCGCCUGCAACGCCGCUCGCCGCCGCGCCACCGUUCACCACCACCGCGCCGCCUGCAACGCCGUUCGCCGUCGCGCCGCCCGGUGCCGCGCCAUCGACCAACAUGCCGCCGCUCACUACGAGGACCAUCCGUGAACUGGACGUGGGGCGCGGGGACAUGAGUGUUUCUGGGCGCACGAGGGCAGCCACCAAGGACCAAGGGGGGGGGCGGGCGUCGUCAAUGCCGCCCCUCUCUGCCAGGGCCAAUCGAGAGCUGGACUUGGGACAAGAGACGCGGGUGCCAGGGAGGUUGAGGGGUCGGGGGGUGCGUUUCCAGGAUGAGGGGGCCGAGCAGUCGACGUCACAUGGCGGGAGCGGCGACGCUCCCGCCCACCGCUUCGGGCUUGUAUCCCUGCAGGACAAGGCAACGCUCCUGUCGACUCUCACCACUCGCAGCGUCGUCGAUGGGGGGAGAAACGAGAUCCCGAGUUCAGCCGGAGGACAGAGUGUUGUCAAGGCCAAGUGGGUGUUGAAUUGGAAGUCUGAUGAGCAUGGAUGGCCGACUAGUGUGAAACCACGGCUGGUAGCGAGAGGAAAUAUGCAGCGAGUACAUGUAGAUUGUGGAGAGACGUAUGCACCGACUGCAGCGGUUUCUAGCGUUCGCUUGUUGGCAGCGAUGGCGUGUGAGCAUCUUUCUCCUCGUCAUUUUGACAUCAAACAAGCAUUUGUCCAGUCGGAUUUGGAUGAGGAUGUUUUCAUGCGUCUGUCAAAGGGGUGUGUGUGGUGGAUUGUCAGGGACCUCAACACCAUGGUACCGGUGAAGAAUCUUGGUGGCUUGAGAUGGUACUCUGGAUGUUUUUAUGAGAGAGAUUGGGAUGCAGGGACUUUGAAGAUCUCGCAGCAGACGUACGCUGAAGAGUUGGGGAUGGAGUUUGGGGUAGAGUACGGGAAGGAAAUUCCCCUUCCUGUACGGUUGAAGCUUUCAGAGUUUGACCAGGAUGAGGAAGUGGUAUCAUGGCCUUUUCGUAAGCUGAUAAGAUCAUUGACGUGGCUGGCAACGCAAACCAGGCCAGAUAUCGCGAAUGCAGUAAGCGCUGUAGCACGGUACUGUGCUUCUCCCAAAGAAGUUCGUUGGAGAGAAGGUCUUGGUAUUUUGGGGUAUGUGGUAAGGACUAGUGACUUGGGGAUUACAUUCAGGAGGGGUAGUGUAGCAGGGUUGAGCAUGGAGGUGUUCGCAGACGCAGACUACGCAAAGGCAGAGUAUGUCUCCCUUGCGGAUGUGAUGAAGGAAUUGUUGUUGCUGAGGCAGGUAAGGCGUUUCAUGUUGCCAGAAGCAGGAAUGCCGUGUAUUCCGGUGUUCGAGGAUAACCAGGGGGCAAUUCAGUUGGCGCAGAAGCCGAUUAGCAACAGCAGUAACUCGAAGCACAUCGACGUAAGGCACCACUUUAUCAGGGAACUGGUAGGCAGGAAGGAGAUUUCGAUUUUUAACGUGAAAUCGGCGUAUCAACAUGCCGACUUCCUCACGAAGGCACUUAACGUGGGAGAUUGAGUUCAUCGGAACUUCGUAAUGAGUAUGAACUAAUCCUGGUGUUUGGGUUUAUUUUGUGUGUCAUUAAGCAACUGGGGUGGCAACGUUUUACACAUUUGCCUAUGGUUUUUCUCAAUGGAUGGUGUUCUAGGCUGAGGGGCAAUUAGUGUAGUAAAGUUCGAAGAAGUACAACUGGUGUACAACUGGUGUGAUCGGGGACGGGUGUUGAUGUCUAGCCAAGAAGGCUGUUGUUCUGGAGUUGUGUUGAGUUUCUGAGUUUAUUUUCUUGUGUUUUGGAGUCAUUGAGGAUCGAAAAAAGACGUGGCAUGGUCACAAGCAGGGGAGCUGAUAGAUAUACUUGUAGCAAUGCCAAGUGGUUGACACGGAAUGUUCCCAUUGAAUGAUGUUGCGCGGAAUACUGUAGGAUUGUGUGGUACGUGGAAUAUAUUUCCAGGGUGUGCAGAGUACCCCUGUUGUAUACUGCCUCGCCCCUCUUUGGUGGUGCGUGCGCGUGUGCGUUCAGUCCAUGUGAAGAAAUUUUUGCAUCAAACCCAACACGUCUUUCCUCCUUGGCGCGAGCACGUUGAGUUGCCGACACCCUAUUACAACGCACGUCUUGCGACAAGCUAUCCCCAGUUCGGAUCAUCCUAACAAGCCUUUUCACAUCUCGAUAGCCGUGAUGACCUCAGCGCUCACGAGAACAUCAUUCGCGAUGCAGCUUUCGGACGGAUUUCAUCUAUUAGGAGUGCACCCUCACAGAAUGUGGCGUCUUGCAGCAGCGGAGGUGGCGGUGCUGCUGUAGCUCGUAGACUUUGUAGUCUACCACAGAGGUUACACUGCUGUCACCGCUCUAUCACAGAGGUUGGUCUACACUGCUGUGAGAUCGGUAGGCCCGAGCGAGCUUUGGAAAGAGAAAUGCAGAUAGAUGUUCUUAUCAACUGACUCCCUGGUCAGGCUUUGAUGGGUGCUAGAUGAGAGUGAGCACAAGGGGCGAAGGCGCGCUUGUGUCUCAUCUCAACAACAAAAC